AUGUGGGCGUUGGCUCGAGCGUCAUCUUGCAGUGUUCUGCGAUCACCGUUAUUCCAAUCUCGAACACAUGCAUCGUUGAUACGAACACUGAUGACACGAUCACAAGGCCCAAGUCGCAAUCGUGAUGCAAUGUACUAUAUCGUAAGCCUGGGUGUUGUUGCCGUUGGGGUAACAUUCGCUGCAAUUCCUGCGUAUCGAAUAUUCUGCGAGAAAACUUCUUUUGGUGGACUCACUCAGGUUCGCUUUUAG